CAUCUCUUCCUAUCUUAGUCAAGCUUCAGAAAUGGUGGCUAGUGCUUUGGUAGCUUCUGCCUUGUUGCUCCUCGCUGUGGGGUGCCAUGCCAGCCCUUACUGGCCACUGGAGAUUGGCUUCUACCACGACAAGUGUCCACAGGCAGAGGCCGUCGUCAAGGGCGUCAUGGAGCAUGCCAUCUCCCAGAACCGCGGCAAUGGCGCCGCCAUGAUCCGCAUGCUCUUCCAUGACUGCUUCGUCGAGGGCUGCGACGCUUCCAUCUUCCUGGACCCGACCCCGUUCAGCCCGACGCCGGAGAAGCUGAGCCCGCCGAACGACCCAUCCGUGCGCGGCUUCGAGCUGAUCGACGCGAUCAAGGACGCCGUGGAGGCGGCAUGCCCGGGCGUCGUCUCCUGCGCCGACAUCCUCGCCUUCGCUGCCCGCGACGCGUCCUGCAUCCUGAGCAAGGGUAAGGUGAGCUUCGACAUGCCGUCCGGCCGCCGCGACGGCACCUUCUCGAACGCCUCGGAGCCGCUCAAGUUCCUGGUCCCGCCCACGUCGAACCUCAAAGACCUCGUCGACAGCUUCGUCGUCAAGGGGCUCGACGCGGAGGACCUGGUCAUCCUCUCCGGCGCGCACACCAUCGGGCGCUCCCACUGCUCCUCCUUCGUCUCCGACCGCCUCAAUACCCCCUCCGACAUCAACGGCGGCCUCGCCUGGUUCCUAAGAAGCCAGUGCCCCGCCGACGCGACCCCCGGCGGCAACGACCCGGUGGUGAUGCAGGACGUGGUGACGCCCAACGACCUGGACAGGCAGUACUACAAGAACGUGCUGGAGCACAAGGUGCUCUUCACCUCCGACGCGGCACUCCUCACGUCGGAGGAGACGGCCAGGAUGGUGGCAGACAACGCCAACAUUCCCGGGUGGUGGGAAGGCAGGUUCGCCAAGUCCAUGGUGAAGAUGGCCGGCGUGGAGGUCAAGACCGGUGGCCAGGGCCAGAUCAGGAAGAACUGCCGCGCAAUCAACUACUACUAG